CUAGCUAAUACGCUAUGGCAGGUGGCAGUCCAGCAGCCAAGAAGGUAGUAGUGUACCGGAAUGGGGACCCCUUCUCCCCAGGCCGCCAGCUGGUGGUGACUCAACGACGCUUCCCCACCCUGGAGACCUUCCUCUGUGAGGUAACAUCGGCUGUGCAGGCCCCACUGGCUGUGCGUGCUCUCUACACGCCUUGUCAUGGCCACCCGGUCACCGACCUGGCGGACCUGCGGAAUGGAGGGCAGUAUGUGGCUGCUGGCUUCGAACGAUUCUGCAAGCUUCCCUAUCUACCCUCUGGAGGGAAGGAUCCAGGUGGAAAGAGCAGCAGACCACCAGGUCCUCCCAUGACUCACCAGCUGUGUGGCAGGGCCCUUGGACGGCGGCCACCUGCAGGUUCCCCCUGCUACAUCCAUGUGUUCAGGAAUGGGGACCUGUUAAGUCCCCCAUUUAGCCUGAAGCUGCCCCAGGCUGCCAGCGAGGACUGGGAAGAAGUGUUGAAGCUCCUGACCAAGAAGGUGAAAUUACAGAGCGGGACUGUGUGCAAACUCUGCACCCUGGAGGGGCUCCCGCUGUCAGCAAGGGAGGCUCUGGUGAGUGGCCAUUACUAUGUGGCCGUCGGAGAGGAUGAAUUCAAGGCCCUCCCCUACCUGGAGCUGCUGGUGCCCAGCCCCUCACUGCCCAGGGGAUGCUGGCAUCCACCAGACCCAAGGUCCAGGCCCCACAAGCAGGGGGCCCAUGGCCACAGGGCACAGGCAUCCCAGUCCUCUCCAAAGGAAGCCAGCCAAAUUGAGCCAUCUGCUUUCUAUGCCAGACCCCAGCAGGCCAUUCAGCCAAGAAGCAUGCUGCCUACUCUCUCCUUUCUAUCAGGAGUCAAGGGAGUGUAUGGAGCUCUCCAUCCAAGGAAGGAGACGGCAGGGGCCCAGGAAGUAGCAGAUGAUGAUGACACCUGGACCGAGGAACUCUUGGAUCAGAGGGCAGCCCAGAUAGUGGAAGAGGCCCUGUUCCUGGAAAACCAGCCUGGGGCUGGGGUAGCUAUCUCAGCCUCGGCCUCUGCUCCGCCAUCUUGAGAGCCUCAGCUCUGGCCAGGAACUGAGGACGGCCACUCUGCAGCCACCUUUCAUCCUCAGCCUCCAGAGGCCUGUUCUCCAGGACCCAGCACAUCCCCUGGGCUCACAGGGUACACAACAGCUCCCUCAGUCCCACCCUUCUGUUCCUAAACCCAUAGCCCAGUCUUCCCUUCCUCUCUAAGCAAAGCAGCCCCAGCCACAGAGGCCAUUUCUUUAUGAGGUUCUCUGGCUAGAGAAAGGAGUGGUCAACUGAGCUUGGGGGAGAGACCACAAACUUGGG